GGCUGGACCUCGGGGGCUGCGGGUCACGUGGGCGGGCCCGCGCGGGCGGUGGCGGGUCACGUGACGCGGGCAAGAUGGCGGCUCCUGGGGACGGCGCGGACCUGGAGGCCUCGCUGCUGAGCUUCGAGAAGCUGGACCGAGCCUCCCCGGACCUGUGGCCCGAGCAGCUACCAGGUGUUGCUGAAUUUGCUGCCUCCUUCAAAAGUCCUAUUACUAGUUCUCCUCCCAAAUGGAUGGCUGAAUUAGAAAAUGAUGAUAUUGAUAUGUUAAAGGAGUUGGGGAGCCUCACUACUGCUAACCUGAUGGAGAAGGUUCGAGGCCUGCAGAACCUGGCUUAUCAGCUGGGACUGGAUGAAUCUAGAGAAAUGACUCGAGGGAAGUUCCUCAACAUCCUAGAAAAACCCAAGAAGUAGCUGCUGCUUCUGGAGUUUGGACAAAAAUACCCCAUCUGGAUCACUUUGUGCUGUGGAUCCAGAUGAACCCCAGAACUUCUGAGGAGGAGAGCAAAGCUCUUGCUUUAGAUCUUCAGAAGCAAAUGUUUCUAUUGCUUCCACAGCUUGUCUCGUAACAGGGGAGAAGCAUUCUGUAUGCAGAUCACAAGGAUUGCUACAAAUUCCAUUGGAAUUCAGCCUUUAUCUGACCGUAAGAUAUCCAACAAGAAGACUCAGCCCUGACAUGCUGUGACAAAGUUAUCUGCCAAUUUUUUUUUAUCCACUAUUCAAUGUGAACAGCCUCAGGGUCCUCACUAAAUUGUUCUCAGUGGCCACCCCUGUUUGUAACACAUAACAGAUCUUUUAUGAUGGUGGCCAGUGUAUGUCAUGAUGCACUGACUCUUUUGUGCGUCUCUUGUCCUAGAUAUAUUGAUUUCCUGUAUGCCAUUUCUAUGUUGAAAGAUUUGAGCAGAGUUUGGUGUGUAGACUGACUGAUAGUUCUAGCCUUGGUUCUCCAGGAGUGUAUGCUUUUUGUGUAGAAGUUGUGCCAUCUGUGUAUUAGAUUCCAGUCACUGCCUUCAGAGAAGCUUAUCUGGUACUCCAAGGAGGACCUUCAGUCUGGUCUAUUCACUUCACAUUGCUUGUAUCAAGUGUUGUGUGUACCAGGCACCGCUUCUCACCACUGAAUGGUUCUCUCCUGAAAUCUAGACCGACAGACCACAGGGAGGGAGUAAGAAGUGUGAGCGUAUUGUGAUGGAAAAUAUGUCUAUAGAAUCUUUGGUCAGUGCAUUAAAAAAACCAAACAAACAAAAAAACCCCAACUUUAUCAGUCCUCUGCAAAUCUCAAUUUACUUCUUAUGGAGCUAGAAACAGAAGAAAGUUAGAAAUAAAAGAAAGUUAUAAGGUUGAAAGGCAAUAAUGCUUUCAUUUGGAGAGAGCUCCAGGAAGUGGCAACAGGCUUGUUAGCCCCACUGCAAGAAUAGUCUGCUUAAACACAAGCUUCACACUUCUUGACACUUCUCACACUUGAAAAUAGCAUUCCUUGAUGUUUUCCAUUAUAUUAGAAAACAGCAAUCUCAAAAUUUGCUUCACCUACAAAGAUAGAAUUCUGAAGAGAGAAUUUUCCAGUGUCUGGUGUCUUUUGGCACAAAGUUUUGGGCAUUAUUCAUCUUAUGGUUUAAUGCCUUUUUUUUUUUUCCUGUUGAUGCACUUCUGUAUGUUCAUCCCUGAGAGGAGGCAGGGAGCAUGUUCAGAUAGUUUAUUUAAGAGAAGAAUUUUUUCAUUUCAUCCUGUUUCCUUUUCCUAGAAAACAGCAUUUUAAGCAUUAGUAAAUAGGUUCUUCUUUUUAGGAUAAAAACAUAACAUUGAAACAUUGGGUGAAAAACUCCCCCCCUCCCCCCAAUUCAGAAAUGUCAUUUUUAGCAUGUAGGCUUUUCAAAAUUUGUCAUUUCCCAGACUGUAAUCACAUGCGAGAGGAGAACUGACUUGGAAUAGUACUUGUGCUGCAUCAUUAACAGUUUAUCCUUAGAGCAUUGCAUAUUUUUGUCUUUGCAGAGAGAAGAGACUGUUUUCAGGUGCGUGUGCAAUAAGGAGGAGGAGAUUUUUAAUCAAGUAGACUUCCCUGAAUUUUUACUAAAAUGCUUGUGGCCUUUCAAUCUUCAGUCUGUGGUUGCUUGUUGUCAGUCAGAACUAGGCUCGUUUUGGACAGCUCCUGUUAACUAAGUUUAAGCAGUUAAAUCCCAAAUUCCAGAAAGACCAUACACAAGUACUGAAUAUUUAGGCAUGUCAGGAGUCUGAUUUUUAAACUUAAUGGGUUUAUUUUCAUACUUCAGAUUAUGCAGGACUAAGUUAAAUGGAGGAACUCCAUCCACUGCGAGCAUGAGAGAUGAGACAGGAGAAUGUGAAGAGAAGCUAAAAGUGGUAAUUCAGAGACAGAGAAACUUGGUGCAAAUUGAUGUCGAUGUAGCUUUAAGUAUUAAGUUAUACUUUCUGGAUGCAAUAUUAAGUUUGUAUAUCAUAUUUAUAACGUAAACACACACACAUAAAACAUUGGGAUAGAUAGCCUGUAUCACCAAUGUGAUUUUGUGCAUAUUGUAUAGGUUUGUAGAUUCAACACAUUGAGAAAUUUGAGAUCUAGAGGAAGGAGGGAUGUAGGGGAAGAUAUCAAAGUCUGGCCUCGAAAUAUAUGUGUAUUUUCUGCUAUGUCUAGUAAGUAGUAAGGGAUUUCAAACUUUAAGUAGUUCUUAGUAACAUUCCUGUGGUGGUGGUGGUUUCUGUUUUGUUUUGUUGUUGCUUUUUAAAGCCUUUACCACAUGCAGCAGUACUUAUCACCUAUAGGGCAGCAAGUAAGAUAUGCUUUAAAAUGGUAAUAUUUAUUGGCUGUGUACUUCUCAUCUGUAGAGAUGAGUCAGUGAUGUAUUUUUUAGUGGUAAUAUUUAUAUGCAUUUUUUUUGUGUUAGAAGAUUGUAAUCUGUCUGUUACUGCUCUGUGGUUUCAUAAUAAACACAAAGCUUGCAGAAUACUCUAGGUUUCCAAAAUAGCCCCCUGAGAUGAGAAAGCUGUGGUUUAGCCACCUAGAAAAUGCUCUUCCUCAGACUCUUUGCACUAUUAAGAUGGAUAACAAAAUGCUCCUCUGUGUACUGCCACCUCAGUUUUUGGCCUGUGCAUGCUCUAUUCCCAUCAGUAAAUGAGUAGUUGGCAAUAUCCAAAUGGAGCUAAUGGUUUUCACACCCUGUUAAACCCUAUUUCUUUCUGCACUGAUGUCCUUCCCAAGCUUCAAUAUCUAUGAAGGAUGAGAACAUCUGGGUGGCUUGUGAUUGGUGAUAAUCUUCUGUAUUUGGAAAUAACGACAAAAAAAGUUUUGAAAAAUUUAAUGAUGGGAAUGAGUAUAUUAAGAUCAAAAUUUGGUAAUAUAUGAGCUAAUGCAUUGCUUUAUAAAGUGUUUUCAUGAGUUAGUAUGUCAAAUGUUACUGUGAGAUUCUUGGAAAUAAAACAAAUAUGUAUUUAGUUCCUUUUAAA